AUGCACAUUAUUCAUUCUGGUAUCCCUCAAAGACUCAAACACCUUAUUGAGGAUUCAACACUCGUAAAGGUAGGUAUUGGAAUUGACGGCGACUCUGGGAAGCUUUUCAGUGAAGCUUUGAGUAUCCAUCAAAGGUGUCGAGGAUCUUUCAGGUUAAGCCAACCGUAA